GCCGGAGGUGAAAUCAUAAAUGAAUACUAGGUUUAGCGUGCGGCAUUGUAAUGUAUAGAUUUGGGACAUACUUUUAAAUAUUAGUUUCUGCAAGUGGAACGAAGAUUUGUCUGAAGAUGACCGUGAACGUGAGACCUGGCUCACUGUGGAUAUUACAUCAAAUCAGCCACCUGUCACCCAGACCUCCCAUUCGAAGCAUCUCCCACGCUCCCUUUGCCUGUGACCACCACAAAACAUACCGCAGCCACGUCCCCCUUCGGGUGGCCACAUUAACACGCCUCCGUCCUAGUCUGCCUCUCAAAUCAACUUUAUGCUUUCAGCCAUGUAGACCAGCAUCUACAACCAGCGGUACAGGCUGGUAUGAGAGCCUAGCAGACUCUACUCCUGUCCAUCUGACUGAGCAGCUACUGAUCUCUGUCCAUCAGACCACAGGUCUACCAUGGUGGGCCAGUAUCGUAUGCACCACUGUGGCCCUGAGAACAGUUGUCACACUGCCACUUGGAGCCUAUCAGGCCGUCAUCAUAGCAAAGGUUGAAGCCCUGCAAGUGGAGAUAGCGGAGCUGGCUAAGAGGCUGCGCUACGAGAUCUCGGUGCGGGCCAAAGAUAAGGGCUGGACGGAAAAACACUGCCGAUACAAAUUCAAGAAGAACCUGAAGAGGAUCGUGUCUGAGCUGUACGUGAGGGAUAACUGCCACCCCUUCAAAGCCAGUCUGCUGGUAUGGGUGCAGCUGCCCAUGUGGGUAUGCCUCUCCCUGGCCCUGCGCAACCUGAGCCUGGGGGUGUCUGAUGCUGCCACCGCGUUGCAGACAGAGCUGGCAGUAGGGGGAACUCUAUGGUUCUCUGACCUGACUUUGCCUGACUCUACCUGGAUCAUGCCUGUCUCUCUGGGCCUCAUCAACUUGCUCAUCACAGAGGUAUUUGCUCUGCGGAGGAUAGAAGCAUCCAAGUUCCAGAAGUAUGUGACCAACUUUAUCAGAGGGAUCUCUCUGUUGAUGAUACCCAUAGCUGCCACCGUGCCCUCCUCCAUGGCUCUGUACUGGCUAAGCUCCAGUUGUGUGGGACUGGGCCACAACCUGCUCCUGCGCUCGCCUUGCUUCCGGAGGCUGUGCCGCAUCCCCCCCACGCGCUCCGACUCAGACACGCCUUACAGGGACAUCGCUUCUUCCUUUGUCUCCAAAUACAUCAAGUGAAAGAGGUUUUCCAUCUGAUAGUAGAGAGACUGUAGCCCCCAAUCAUGUCAAUGCCAUAGCCCCUUCCCCUGAUUCAGUCAAUCUUCAUGAUGAAUUGAAGAAUUAUGUGUGUUAGCGCUGGGCUGGAACAAACACCUGCACUGUACACCAUGUAUCUCUCCAGGACCAGGGUUCGUGACCACUAAACUAAGAUCUAGAGUGGACCACGGUCCAUCAGAGAGAAUCAGACCUUGUGGACAUGGAGUAUCCAACACGUCCAUAUCUGACAAACCAAGUCAGUGUCAAGAACUGUUUGUGACUGGUAUAUACUGUAGCAUGUACAUGCAGGUUUACUUUGAAAGGUAACCACUCCCUGUUCUACCCAGGAUAACUUGGUGUUGUGAUUGAAGACUAACUGCAAUGUAACUCUGUAACUGGCAAAUGACAUGCAAGAAAUGUAUUUAAGAUAACGACCACAGUCAUGGAUGAUCAAUGGAUACUACAUUUGUACUUUGAACUUUCAGUGUAAAUUGCAUGAAAGGUUUGUUAUUUUGUGAAUUGUAUUGUGAUCCAGAAAUUGAUGACAUCAGAUGUGCUCAAAGUUGGAAGUAAUUGAGUUAAGUUACAUCAGUAAAAUAAAACAUUUUGUAUUAACUGUG